ACAAAUCACAAUUUGGUAUUCUAAUUUGGCUCUGAAACCUGCUCAGUGCCUAUGCUGAUAUUUUAAUAUAAUCCAGUAUCCACAAUGAAACCUGAACAACAUUACGAGAACUGCUUUGUAACUGUUGGAACCACAAGAUUUGAUUUACUUUGCGAGUAUAUUACUUCAGGUCCAGUAUUGGAGACAUUAAAAAAAAUGGGCUGUAAAAACAUUACAUUCCAAAUUGGCAAUAGUGAUCGAAAACCUGGACAAUUUGAGAUGGAAGGAAUAAACAUUAACAUGUACAGAUUUAAAAAUACAAUAGAAAAUGACAUUAGAAAUGCAGAUUUUGUUAUAAGCCAUGCUGGUGCAGGCAGUUGCUUAGAAGUUUUAGAUGCGAAAAAACCACUUCUUGUUGUUAUUAACGAAGAUCUAAUGGACAACCAUCAAUUGGAAUUAGCAGAGCAAUUGCAAAUUGAUGGACAUUUGUUUUAUUGUACCUGUGAUACAUUGAAAGAUACUCUAGAAGGCAUUGAUUUCACCAUGUUAGUGCCUUUCCCUGACUCCAAUCCACAACCUUUCUUUAAGGCUUUAGAUAAUAUGUUACAAAUUAAAGACAAGUCACAUUAAUUUUUGUAUGAAAUAGGUUUUAUGCCUAAAAUUUAUUAAUUUAAUAUAUUUUUAUCAUGUUAUAAAUAUUUAUUCAUCCCACUAGUCAUCAAUUUUCUGGUGUGAUGGUAAAUGUAAAAACGAAGUUUUAACUUUGAGAAAAUUUAUUGAAGUAGGCGUUACUUUGCGGAAAUCCAUAAUUAUACAAAUGAUUUGAGUUUUCUUUAGUUUUAAUUCUAUAGACUAAGUCUCGUGCCAGAUUUUGGUGUGACAACACACCCUGAGGAUGCCUUGUGUAGAGGCAAAACACGUGUCGAAUUAUUUUAAGACAAAUAUUGGCGGAAUUAACACUAAAGAAAACUCAAAUCAUUUGUUUAACUUUGAGAUUCAUAAAUGCAGUUUGUUAACAUUAAUGAAAAAAUUUGAUUUGUUUUAUUGGAACCCGCGGGAGGGAGACUACUCUGCACAGGAUGUUUGGUGGAUGUGUUCUGUUCAUAAUAUUGUUGAUUUAAGGCCAAAAUAAAAAAUAUGGCACUGCAUUGUAAUGGUCCGGGGCUGCCAUCAGCUGAAUCUACUAGUCUGUCAUAACUUUUUUCAUAAAAAAUAAUAAUAAAAUCAUUAUAUUUGUUAAGGGCAGCACAGGACUGAUUGGAAAUUUAGGUCGAGUCCUUUGUCCAACAGUGGAUGUCUUUUGUCUGAAAUAAUGAUAAUGAAGGACAAAUGCCUAACUCAUAUUUUGUAGGAUCUAGUACUUGUGGGCAGGCAUAAUCUGUGUUUCAAUUUGAAGAGAGCCAUAGCUAGUGAAAGAUCUGGGGUAAUAAGAGUACAUUUCACAUGCCAUGACAUUAUGAAUACAUGUACAGGGACUCAUAGAUUGAGUUUUUAUCUAUAAUUCUGUGUGGCACUGCAUUGCAAUGGUUAUAGCUAACUAUUAGCUGAAAGACUUGCUAUUCUCAUCAUUUUUUUUUUCAUAAAAUAAUAAGUAGGUGGAAAUGAUCUAGGUUACAGGGUUAUUGAUAGUGGAAUGGCCCAGGGAAAUAAUAGAAAAUAGAAAUCAGAAACACAGUAAAUAGGAACCAUUGUACUUCCAAUGAAUGGGCAUCCAAAAAGCUGCUAAAGAUUAUAUGUAAAAUAUGCUAAUAUAUAACACUGAUACUAUUAUGGUAAUCAAAAAUACUCAUGUUUAAAUACAAUCUAAAUUAAAUUGUUCCUAAGUUAGCAAAUAAAAAAUGCAAUAUUUUCAAAAUCAA